UGAUUGCUCCCAGGCCAUGUCCGACUUGCUCCUCCCUUCUCCUUGCAGGAUCUCCCCAUUCAGCCAGACAGCGCCAUGGCAUGUCAACGACCUCUCCUGCUCUUGCUCUUUGUCGUGCUAAUAGUCGGCACCCACCUGUCGAGCGCUCAGCACUGGUCCCACGGCUGGUAUCCCGGAGGGAAAAGAGAACUAGAUUUGUCACAGACUCCAGAGGCUUCAGAAGAAAUCAAACUCUGUGAUGGGGAAGAGUGUGCUUAUCUGAGAAGUCCAAGGAAAACCAUUGUGGACACUCUGCUGGCUGACCUGCUGGCGAGACAACUACAGAAGAAGAAGUGAGCCUUUCCACAGACUCUUUCCGAAAUGCUU